CGGGGGUUUGGGGGUGCCGGUGACCGUUGGCGGGUAACUCUUGGCGGCCAUGGCCUCCAUCCUGGACGAGUACGAAGAUUCCUUGUACCGUUCUGCCUCCGUGCAGCAAAGCCGUGCCAGCGUGGGCAUCCCGCACUCCGGGGGCACUCAAUUCCUGAUGAAGCUCAGGGGUGAUGCAGGUCAUCUUGGCAAAACUGAGGUGCUGGUUAUCCAUGGGAGGGCUUCCUGAGGCCAUGCCCCCCUGUGCCAUGAAGUGGUGUGUGUUGGAAACACGUGAUAUGUGAAUGCACGACUGGAGAAGGAAACACCAAUAUUUAACAAGCAAAGGAUUGAUUUUGCUCCUCCAGAGAAAAUUAACAGCUUAGUGGUCUCCUCUAACCAGCUCUGUAUGAGCCUUGGCAAAGACACCCUUCUCAGGAUUGAUCUUGGGAAGCCAGAUGAACCUAAUCAGGUAGAGCUGGGACGCAAAGAUGAAGCCAAAGUCUACAAGAUGUUUUUGGACCACACAGGCUCUCAUCUCCUGAUUGCUCUGAACACCAGUGAAUGCCUUUACUUGAACAGAAGUGUUCAGAAAGUGCGAGCACUCUCCCGCUGGAAAGGCCACUUGAUUGAAAGUGUGGGCUGGAACAAAUUUCUUGGUUCAGAGACCAACACUGGGCCCAUCCUAGUGGGGACAGCCCAGGGGCAGAUCUAUGAGGCUGAAAUCUCUGUCAGUGAGGGAAGCCUCUUCAGCACUAAUCCUGACCAGUACUUCCGACAGGUCUACACGCUGGAGGAGGAAUCGGGACCUGCCCCAGUGUGCUGCUUGGAGAUUGAACGAGGGAUAGAAGGGAAAUUUUUUAUUAUAGCCACCACUCGAAAGAGACUCUUCCAGUUUGUUGGCAAAGUGCCUGAAGGGACAGAGCAGCAAGGCUUCAGCUCCAUAUUUGCUAUGCAUGCUGACCAUCUGCCCAGCUUCCGGGAGUUUCCGGCCAGCUUUGGUUUCAGUGAGAUAGCCUUUUACACCCCAAAACUGCGCUCCAACCCACGUUCCUUUGCCUGGAUGAUGGGAAAUGGUGUUUUAUAUGGUACAUUGGAUUAUAGCCAUCCUGAUUCAAUUUUGAGUGAUGAACAGGUCUGGGUUUAUCCUUCUGAUAUUGACAUAACUGUGAACAAGCCAAUAUCCAUUGUACUUACCCAGUUCCACUUCCUGUUGCUGUUGCCUGAUCGGGUGAAGGCUGUAUGCACUCUGAAUGGGCAGGUUGUUUUUCAGGAUCUGUUCCUGGAGAAGUUUGGCUUAUUGACACGCAUGAUCAAAGAUCCCACAGUCCAGCAGAUAUGGAUCCACACUGAGAAAGUAGUGUUCCGCUACCACGUCCAGCGGGAAUCUAGAGAUGUGUGGAAGAUGUAUAUGAAUAUGAACAAAUUUGAUUUAGCCAAAGAGUAUUGUAAAGACCGUCCAGAGUGCCUAGAUAUUGUGCUUGCAAAAGAGGCAGAACACUGCUUCCAAAACAAGAGGUAUAUAGACAGUGCCAAAUGUUAUGCGCUGACCCAGAACUACUUUGAGGAAAUUGCCCUUAAGUUCAUUGAAGCCAAGCAGGAAGAGGCCCUGAUGGAGUUUCUGAUUAAGAAGCUAAGCAACCUAAAGCCUUCUGAGAAGACACAGACUACUUUACUGACCACGUGGUUAACGGAGCUGUACCUGAACUGGCUAGGUAUAUUAGAAGGAGAUCCCUCACAGCGAAAUCUCUAUUUAGAUACACGGGAGAAGUUUCGCACCUUCCUGAGCAGCCCUAAAAACAAAGACUGUCUGUUUAAUAACCGUGCAUCUAUUUAUGAACUGUUGGCAAGCCAUGGGGACACAGAGCACAUGGUUUACUUUGCAGUCAUCAUGCAGGACUACGAGCGUGUAGUAGCUCACCACUGCCAGCAUGAUGAAUACGAUGAAGCUCUAAAUGUGCUGUCCAGACACAGAGACGAGAAGCUGUUCUACAAGUUCUCUCCAGUCCUCAUCCAGCAUAUUCCCAAGAAGGUAGUUGAUGCUUGGAUUUCUAUGGGUUCUAGACUGGAUGCCAGGAACCUCAUUCCAGCCCUUGUUAACUAUAGCCAGAGUGCCAGCACCCAGCAGAUCAAUGAAGCCAUUAGAUAUAUGGAGUUCUGUGUCUAUCAGCUGGAGGAAACCCAGCAAGCCAUUCACAAUUACCUGUUGUCUCUUUACGCUUUGUGUCGGCCGGACUCACUGCUUUCAUACCUGGAGCAAGCAGGAACCAACCCAAACAGGAUCCACUAUGACCUGAAAUAUGCAUUGCGCCUGUGCGCAGAGCAUGGGCACCACCAUGCAUGUGUCCAUAUUUACAAAGUGAUGGAAUUAUAUGAGGAGGCUGUGGAUCUUGCCUUACAGGUGGAUGUUGAUCUUGCCAAGUCCUGUGCAGAUCUCCCUGAAGAUGAUGAGGAACUCCGGAAGAAGCUCUGGUUGAAGAUUGCUCGCCAUGUUGUUCAGGAAGAGAAAGAUGUCAAGAAGGCAAUGGCCUGCCUCUCCAGCUGUGCCCUGCUGAAGAUUGAAGAUGUCCUGCCAUUCUUUCCAGACUUUGUCACUAUUGACCAUUUCAAGGAAGCAAUCUGUAACUCCCUGGAGGACUACAACAAGCACAUUGAGGAGCUGAAAAGGGAGAUGGAGGAAGCCACACAGAGUGCCAAGAGGAUCCGAGAGGACAUCCAGGAAAUGAGAAAUAAGUAUGGCUCUGUGGAGCCUCAGGAAAAAUGUGCUGCAUGUGACUUUCCACUCCUAAACCGCCCUUUUUACCUUUUCCUGUGUGGUCACAUGUUUCACUAUGACUGUCUCCUCCAAGCAGUUUUCCCAAACCUUCCUGCCUAUAAGCAGGCAAAACUUGAAGAUCUUCAGAAGAAGCUGGCAGCUACCAGUCAGCCUUCCAAGGCCCACCAUCGUCCCAAGGACGCAGACACCAUUAGCUUGGGGAAGGGGCAGCAGAGCCGGGAACAGAUCAAAGCUGACAUUGAUGAUAUUGUGGCAGCUGAAUGUGUGUACUGUGGUGAGCUGAUGAUCCGGUCCAUUGACAAGCCUUUUAUUGAUCCCCAAAAGUAUGAAGAGGAGAUGCAAAGCUGGCUGUAGUUUUCCAAAUCUACAACUGUCAAUGCACCAGAGAGGUUUUAUUCACAACUUGUGAAGCUUCUGUGGUGGGAAUAUAACCUCCAGAAGCAGGAACACAGUGGCUUCUGUGGAACUCUAAGGAAAGAGUAGUGCGGUCUUGUUGUCAGGAUUACAGUGAACUAGUCUUGAAAAAUGGGGAGAGAUAGCUAUGGCUGUCUUAAGAACUUGAACAAUAGUUAAAGCUAACCUACUGGAAUAUAUUAGGAGGUGUUUGCUGCUUGCAGUUCUUCUGAGGUUCUCGGUGUGAAGCUAAUGGAGUGCCUUGUUGUCCAGAAGGAAUUGGGAACAGCCUAUGAUUUGUCUUCCCUGUUGUACGGUAUUUGUUUUGGUGAAGACAAGCUUAAAAGGGAAAGGUAGUGAAGAACACUAAGCAGUCUAGUCUUCAUUCAUCACUUUGAAAGUAGAAUUGCCUUCUGUUUCCUUUUUGCUGAGAGUCUAUAACCACGUACGUGGAAAGAACAUGAAAUGACAAAUGGUCUUGCAUAUGUAUUUUGUAAACAUCAUGCUACACAAAUACAUGUUUCUACACAAUGUAAUAUAAGAAUGUGUAUAAUUCUCAAGCAGGAGUGUCUCAUAAUACACUCAAGUCAUUUGCCUGCAAUUCAAGGUGUAUAAUCCUUUUUCCCCCCAAGCUUUAUGGGCAAGCCCAUACGUUUGAAUUUUCUCUAGGUACUGUUUCUGGCAAUACUUCCUAGCCUGUUCACCCCUUCCACCCUCUCUCUAUUUCUACUAUGACUGUCUUCGUAUAGUGGGUCUUGGCUUUGUCUUCACCCCAAAACAAAAUUGAUGUAUGCAGUAGUAAGGUUUCAACGGAUACUCUGCAAGCAGGAACGCAGCUCAUUUGUAUUGUCCUGCUCUGGUCCUCUUCAAGCUGCACUUGAGCACUGGACUGAAGAUCCAGUCAUAGCUUCCCUCAAGGGUAGACUACAGAAAAGUUCUAUUGGUGUGAAAUUUGUUUUGCCAUGUGAAGCCAGUACCUUGUGACUAGGCAGUCUUUUGCCUUCCUGACAGUAUUUGAUAGUUUCUGGAGACGGCUGCAGGUCAAUGCUUCUGUCUGUUGCUCUGACUUGGAAAAUUCUUCCCAGAAGGUGGCGAUCACUACAUUGUGGGUGAGGGAACAAAACAUUUUAUUUAGCAACUUAGCCAGGGUUCCUUGUUUUAUUUUUGAAGAAACUAAAAUUUUAAUGAAGUUGUGCUGUUUUGGGCUGAAUCACAAAGGUAGUAAUUGGCAGAAGAAUGGAAUGAUUUAAAUGAAAAAUUAUGAUUCGUGUAAUUAAGGCAAGAGAAACUACUGUCUUCUUCAGAAUGUCUUCAGAGGUUUCACGUGAACGUAUGUGCUUGUCUUGAGUACCUGUCUCAAUCUGCUAGUCACUUACCCUGUUUGUAGGGUUGGAGAAAUAGGUCUUCACAUCAUUGAAAGGGAACAUACAUUGGUUUCUUCAAGGAGCCGACGUAAGAAUUUUGAUAACUGUUCAGAGCUCCAGAAGAACAUCCAUGCUUUUGUUGGGAGCUUCAGCCUGAAAUGAAUUAAUUUUAUCUGUGUAAAAUGACAUGAGUAAUAAAAAUCAGAGCUGACAGUAGGAAGACCUGGAGUUUUAAAAUCCUCUUUUCAUUGGAGCCAUGGGAUAGGCAGUCUCAUUACCACCUGGUAGUGUUUGUUGGCUUUUCAGAAACCAUUGUUUCGGUGGUUCUGUUGAGCAGUGGUUCAGAAACCCCACAUGCUCUAGUUUUCUUUGGCUCUGGCUAGCCUUUUGCUUUGAAUAAGUUGAUGGGUCUGCCAGAAGAAUUUGUGAUGAAAACUAAAUAUGAUGUCUUUGAAGUUCAGCAUUAAACCUGUUAUAACUGACCACUCCUGAAUCAUCAUAUUUUCAUGUAAGCAGUGUGAUAUUUAAGGUUGUAUAUGUCAUUAUAAAGCAACAGUAGCCCCCCACCCAAACCAAAGGCAAGUGGCAGUUUUUCUGCCCUUCAGCAGAGAUAUGAGCAGCAGCUCAUUCUGACAGGGAGUAAUUUCAAGUUAUUUAUUUUCUUUUGAGACAUUCUUAAUACUUGUUCCAUCUCUUUACUUUUGGGUUUUUACAGGAUGCUUUCCUGGUAUAUUAGAACUAUUACAGUCCUCCAUUCUUUUCCUAUUAGUGCUACAAAACAGUCGCAUCACUAAGUGUUUCUGUUGUGCUCUGAAGAUUAGCAGUAUUAUUUGCUUAUAGGCCAUUCCAGGGAGAUGUGCUCAUCCAUGAUAUUGGAAGAAGCAUGUGCCCAUGGGAACUGAGGCACAGCAAGUCAAUAAAAACCUUCAAGUCUGCCUGAGAUGGGGUGGUAGGGGAAGGCACCUCAAUAACCUACUGAUUCCAGUCUUAGGUAUUAAUAUGUCUCAGUUAACAAAACUAGAACUAGGUUGUUUUGUUUUGUUUUUAAAUGACUAGUAUGCAACGUUCUCUGAGGGUUGUAAGCUUGUGCACCAGAUAUGUACACCACAAAUCUCAUGCUUCCUCACUAUUGAUAACUGAAAAAUCUUUUAGGUCAUUUGCUGUCAAGGCUGUAGAGAGUGUUAAUGCUUGCACAGACUCCAGCAGUGAUUAAAUGACUAGUGCCAAUAGUGCAGGAAGCUACAUAAAGGUAUCUUCUGAAGUUUCCUUACAUUGUCACAUGCUUCAAAAGUUUCAGUAACCACUCACCUGUGCUUCUUGGCAGUUUUCAGUAUUGCUCAGUAAAAAAUGGUAAGAGGGGGCUGGAGGGAAGUGGACUGCUUAGUCUUCUCCCAUAAAUCUAAUCUGCAAGAUCUCUUCCUCUUUGCUUUCGGAAUAGCAUUUUUAUCUUUUCUCCUUGUAAUUUCAGCACAGUUAUGUUUUAGAAAUCACAGUCCAUUGUAUGUUUUUUUAGCUGUGAAUGAACUGUGUACCAGCUGUUAAAAAUGAUGUGGCCUUGGGCCUUGUCCUUGUCUGUGUGAAUAACCUCUACCACUUAGUUCAAUGCAGCAUAACCAAAAGGGUGAGUGGGAGCCCCAGCCCUCUGUAACUAGAACAAGUGUCUGUAGCUAAAUAGAAAUCGAGUUGUGCAGGCAAGGCGUAAAGCAAACAUGUGCCUACUACCUCGCCUCUCCUAGGCUUCAAACAAGGGAUUGGGGAAGUGCUGUGACUUGGGGGAGACAACGGGUGAGUGUGUGUUAUGGAACAGUUUGUAGAGAAUUUCGGAUGCCCUUGCUGUUGGUCUAUGUAGUCAGAAGCAGCUAACUGAAGUGCUGAGAGCUGUGUGUUUUGUCCCUAAGACUAAAUGACUGGGCUGGAAAUUUAGGACAGCAAGUUCUUAACAAGCCACUAGAUGUCACCGCUGUCCAUUUAAAUACUGAGGUUUGCUGCAGAGACGUGGUGUGUAGCAUGAGAAAAAAUGGUACAAAACGGUGAGGAACUGAAGCAGGUUCCCAGUGCCUUGGCGGGGGGGAGACAGACCUGUAAGGUAGUUAUUGGAGACAAAGAUGCUAAAAAAAUUGUCUCUCUCUAAAAGGAAAUUUCAAUUCACAGAUCACCAUUUUUCAGCUUUUGAACAUCAAAGGCUGGAUUUAUUCUGUCAGCAAAUGAGUAUCAGUCCUCUUUUGUUUAAUUGCAGUCUAGUGUAAGUUCCCUCAGACCUAGCUGAUUUAAUAAACUGUAGAGAGAUCAUCCCUGGGCUUGGAGUUGCUGUAUCUGUUGAGCUUGAGUCUCAGUAGCAGAGAUGGUAGAAGUGAACGUGAGCCAGCUCCUUAGUUGCCUGAGUCCACGUCUAGUGUGUUUGGCUAAAAGCCCCAGUAAAGCUGGGUUUGUGAUAUAAUAUUGCACACUGACUGGCCUGAACAGAGAAGUUAACGUGUUUGCUUUUGCCUCUGAGUUGUGGAGGUCAUAAUCUGAAUAAAUGGGCAUGUGGGUGUAGAAACAUCUUGUACUCAUAAAAAUUAGAUGUUACAGUUUGAAUCAGACUGUAGUCAUGUAUUAGCAUGUAGUUCUUGGAAUGGGUGGUUCCCAUUCACUACUGCUCUGUCACUAUCAGCAUAUAGACUGUCUGUUUACAAGUGCAAAUACUUAGCUUCUAGUGGAAAUUGAUGGGAAGUCUGUUGUGCCUUGCAUCGCUUCAUCCAACAGCCCUGUACUGAGCUGUGGGAAGAUAGACUGAAAAUGGGCCUUUUCCUUGCAACAAGUGCGCUGAGCUGAAAUUUGAGGCUGGAAAUAUACAAGACUUAUGGAAUCUUGGAUUUUUUAAUUAUUAUUAUUAUUUUUAUUCAGAUGGAUUAAGUAUUUGUCUCCAGAAUAGAGUACCAUGUGGUACACUGUGAUACGUAUAGUGUUUAUGAGAGAAUCUUACAGCAUCCUUACAGCAGAGAGAGGCUGCCCAGAAUCUCCUAUCCUUUUUGUACAUGGAGGAAGGGAUCCCCUAGAAAGGAGAGGGAAUCAGAAUCAUUUAAGUUGGAAAAGACCUUUGAGAUCAUUGAAUCCAAUCAUAAACCUAACACUGCCAAGUCUGCCAAGUUUUGGUUUCUGUAAAAUAAUCUGGCUGAACUUUUAUGUAUCUGACUUCAGAGAGGCUUCCCCAGUAGAACUGCGAUAUUGCUGGAUCUGUACUUUUCACACUGAGGUGCUGAAAAAGAAAAAGCUCUGUUUCCUUUGGAAUAGAAAUUUUGGUAAAAUUGAAGAGCUUAGGGCUUGAAAAUGGAACAUUAUAGUAGUGCCUGAAAUUUGCAGUGGGUUGUGUAGGGGUUCAGCUCCUAAACUAUCUGCUGUCUCUGAUCAUGCCCAGUCCAGACUUUGAGCCCUCUAGGAUUUGAGCUUCAUGCCCUUACUGUGAUUUUGGACAAACCCUUUAACUCAGCGUUUGGAUUUUUUCACUCCCAGAUCUCAUGGAAAGGUAUCAGGCUACUUAUUUGGGGUAUGAGCUUUAAAGCAACCCUGGCCUGCCACUGCUUUCAGGUGGAAGGAGGGGAAAAAGAUUAAACAAACUGGUUAGAUCUACCUGUUGAAACUGGUUGGGAUGGGGAGAAAAAGGGGUUUGGGCGUUUCCUCUCUGCAAUGGCCAGAGGUAUUGGAGGCAGCUUGUUUGAGUCAGACUGGUUGCUUAGGAACAAGGAAGCUACAGGAGCACUCUAAGGUUACAAAUACAGCUAUAACUGAUCCUACAGUCUCUCUCUUUUUUUUUUUUUUUUUUAUUGUGGAGCAGGUCAGCAGAGGACAGUUUCCAACUUGCAGCAAGUCAGUAUUGGGUUCAGACUUGCUGCAGUGCUUCACAGCCCCUAUGAUGAUGGUUUGUAGAGCUGUUUUAAUUCAGCACUUGAUCUGCAGAGCUUGAUUGAUGUGGAAAUAAGCACAGCUGAUGUGUCUGUACAACAUGAAGCUGUCUCACUGCACAGAGAUUUCCAUCAUAUAUGCUUCCAAGCACCACACAAAUACCCUUGUCUUAUAAGGGUACAGGCUGUACCUGAUGUGUGUCAGGUAGGAAUUUUGGCAUUUCCCUACUUUUCAGGGGUUCAUACAUUCCUGCUAUGCUGCCAUGUUGGCUGUAGCCUGGGUUGUCUUCAGAAGAGGAUUUGAUCUAGCCUUUUGUCUGUUUAACAUGUAGUUUGUUUGCUUCAUCUGUGACUGAGACUGAUACCGGUAGAGGUUUUUGCAAUGGAAGUGUUCAGGAGAAGCUGAACCAUAGCUUACCUCUCCUUUCGUGCUCCACAUUGAAUGGUGCAUUGUAGCUGGUGGCUUAUAUGAAAAGGAUUGAACAACUGGUUUGGUAUCCAAAAGCAGGUAUCCUCUGCUUUGUGCACUCAAAAUCCAAGUGCUGGUCACUUGACAUGGGACAUGAUCUUUGGAACACAGUCUGAACUUGGAGGUUGCUGAACUCCGCUUAAGUAUACAUCUGUGUUUUUUCCAAUUAGUUAUUCAACAGUCUUUUUUCAUCUCUCUGUGUGUAUAUGCUGAAUAGAUUUUCUGGUAAAUAAAUGAUUACUGUGGAACUGAGCUAAUAAAGUUGUUCCUAUCUAUAGAUUCUCUUUUAUUUUCCCACAUUGAUUAAAAACAACAUUCACAAUGUGGUUUUCUCUGAGAGUAGAUUUGGUGUGUUUUGAUCUCUCAUGUUUCAGCUCUGUUCCCCUUUUCACACACAAGGGCGUGUAUAUUGAGCCAGUGUCUUUGGAUGAAUUAAGAAUGUCACUGACAAAGAGGAAUGUGAAGGCUGCUGUAUUAGUUUUUUAGGACUUUUCUCUCCAGACUCUACAUGACAAUUAGUAGCUGCCCUGGCUGGUUGUAAUGGCUGCUGUGUGUUUUUCACCACAAGAGCAAGAUACUUAUUCUCUGUUAAGAGCCUGUGAAGGUAUGGGUAGUCAAAAAUUGUUGGUCUUUGGGCUAAUUAACAUGGUUCUAGCAAAAUAGCUGUUGUCCACUGUUUCUCAUAGUAGCUAUAAAGACGAUAAUAUGUAUAGCUGAUCUAAAUAAAAUAAUAUUUCAUGUGUAGCUGAACCAUAUGUUGCCAUCCUUGAUAAGAGGGCCAUAAACUUAGAUCAGCUUAUGCUGCUUGAAGGGACUGAGGAGAAUGUUGCUGGGUGAGGAGGAAACCGAGAGUUGAGGCUUACUCUCCUAGAUGUCCCAAUUCUUUGUUUAAUACUUGCCUGUGUGACACAGCAUGACUGUCUCAGAGCAACAUCUGCAUUUGUGUUACAGCGGUACAUUCUGCUGAGCAUCCUUUUUUGGGAGAAAAGCACUUCCUUAUGUUCUGCAGUCUGGUUCAAACACUUGCCUGCUUGCCCAGUUAAUGAGAUUGGAAUAACUAGGACCAUGUCAUCUUUCUGGUAUGUUCUUCUGAAAGGUUGCUUAUGGUAAUCCUUAGUAUGUGCUUCAAAGACUUGCAUUGGCAAGGUUUCCAAAGUAAAAAAUAUUUUAGUACAGGAAACAUCUAAUGAAAGCAGAACAUACCGAAACCCAUUCCAUGAUAAGCCAGAGUUUGUUCUCAUUCUGUUGAAAAUUUGUAGUGAGAAAGUAAGUAUAAACUGUGAAGUAACAUUUUUUACUUCUUUCAGCUCAGACUUCUGAAGGAACACGUGAAGGACAGAAAUAUCCUCUUCUGUGAGCUUGAGUGGGUGCAAAUCAGUUAAUGUGGACUGUCCUGUUUAUAAGUAGCAUCUUCUUAAAUUUGUUGUUGGCCUUGUGAUCCUUGAUCUGACUAACAUUUAUACAUACAGCCAGUUUUAGGAGACUGAAGUGGAACAACAUAUAGCAGUAUUCAGCAGUCAGCAAGCCUAGACUCUGGCAAUAGUUUCUUUGCUUUCAGAGUUUGCUCCCUGAAAGCUGUUUUUCUCUGCACCAUGGUUAUAGAAGCAGUAGGGAGUUUUCAGAAGAAUCUUGAGUAGCCCUUGUAUCCUUACGGAGAGGUACCUAAAAGUGGUAACUUCAAGGAAUUGAGUGAGUCAGUGCUGCAUUUCAGCAGCUUUGAGUUACAGGGAAUUAGUCUAUUGAUGCUGUGGUGCCUGAGCCAAAAGUAAAGGUGCGGAUUAUUUGCCUGCCAGGCAUCUUGUCCUGCCCUGAAUUAUGCUCUGAAGAAAAUCAACAAUUUGGGAAGUUCAGGCUGAACUUAAGUUGAACUGAGGAAGUAGGAAGAAUUUCUGCACACAACAUAGGUAUUACUGUCGGUCCUUCAGCACAUCUGCAUAAUGCUAGGCCAGAGCAAGCUUGCCGAAUGCUCUCCGUAAGUCAACCAAAAUCUAUAGGUAGGGCCUUGCACAGAAGUUCAAAGUGCUCUCUUCUUACCCUGUUCUUUAGAAGUCAGAACAUUUCUGGAGCUCACUGCCUCCUUAUGAAUCAACAGUGAUGGUGGAGCCAUUUCUUUUUGAUGGCUGAUACGUUGUACCUUCUUUUACUUGUUCUGCUGUCUGCUGGGACAGGCACCAGCUCAGCAGCCACCUGUGUCUCCCACUCACUUCUUUCACCUUCUCUGCUCACUGCUCUAGCAAAGAACUGUUUGAUUCUGGCAUAAAUACGAAAUAUAGGAAGGGUUAAUAGGGAGUGAACCGUGAAAAUCCCUGCCACUAAGCUGGAAAAAUAACAAAGAAAUGAAGAUAAUUAUGUGGAAAGGAUAAAAGAGGCCCACUCGUUUCCAGGAUUCAGAAGGAUGAAACAUGGGAGACAGACCAAGGCUGCGCCAGGGUAGUGCGAUGAAUGUUGUUUGCAGUCUUAAUUCUGAUACAGCAGAAUUAGUACUGGCUGUGAAAAUACUUGCUUCUGGCCAGCCUCCCUUUCUUGAAGGGCGUACUGCUUUUCUCUGAGUGACAGAUAGGAGCAUCAAGAGAAGGUUGUGAGGGAAAGGGUGUCUCAGAUCUUAUCAUUUGCAACAGACACAGAGGAUGAUCUACAAACCUCCUAUAUUGGUAGAACAAGGAGGAGUUAGAACAUACUUUGGAUUCAAGAGGGUUACUGAUGUACACAUAGCUCUCCUAGAUGCUGCCGAGUGUCAUACCUGGCUUUUAGGUGCUUUUAUUUCCUAAACUACCCUGUCUGUAUGUUGAAAUGCUCGGGAUCCUUAAAAUGCUCUUAGAUGCUUACACAGCUGAGUCACUACUAAGGUGUCAGCAGGACAAUUAAGUGUCAUGUCUUUGAAUUAAUGACACAUCUCUCUUGGCCAGUCUAGCUGUUCAGAGCUGUCUAAGCAGCAAAGCAAUAGGAUGGCUGUUUUAACAAAGUUUGACAUUAAAAUCUAAAGAGAAUCAUGUUGAAGUACUGAUCUGGAUUUUUUUUUGUUCAUCACUACUUUUCUGGUGCCACAAAUGACAUCUGCAGAGGAUUUGGCUUCUCACUGUGACCCCUUUCUUUCUGACUAAUGCUAUUAAUGAGUAUGGGAGGCUCAAGAUGGCUGGAGAAAGCAUUCCUUCCAUUGAGAAACAGCUAUCUGAUCUUGCACAGAAGAGACUGAGUUCUUCUACCCCCUUUCAAGAUGGGGUCACACAAUAUCUCCAUUUCAAACCAAAAAUCCCCAAAAAGCAGUGUGGCAAAUCUCUCUCUACCAGCUCUAGUUCUGUUCCCUCUCUGAAAGUUUUAAAUUACCUAAUUUGGGUCACAAAAUAUACGGAACCCUUGGGUUUUGGUAGCAGUCCAAGUUGGUAGCCUACAAAAAAUUACUGUGUCCAGAUGCCUCCUGUCCAUGGGGGUGUAAAUGCAACUGAACUAGGCUAUUGUAGGCUGUUGCUGUUAGAUGGAGAUUGCAAUAAUGUCCCUGAAAUGCUGAAUAAAGAAAAAAAGAUGUUGGAUUUGAGUAAAGGGGGGUGUUGCUCUCUGCCCUAAUGUAAUCCAAUACGUAUCAAAGUCAACCCUUUCCUUUAAUAGCAGGAAGGAAAUAAGAUCUGUAUCUCUUGGGAACAUGCUUCUAAAACUUUCAGUUGCAUUCCUCUGUCUCCUUUUAGUCCCUUUGAAUAGUAAAGAUUUGCAUUCUCACUUUUUAGUCACAGCAGCCUGGAUAUUAGAUCACUGGGGGAUGUUGUUUUUCUGUCACAGUCUCAUUAUCAUCUUAGCUUGGGUGUUGGUGCUCCUCUCCCAUGUUCAGGUGCUUAAUAAGGAUUCUUAUCACCCCAAAACAGUUACUUUGGAUCCCAGCCCAGCAUGCGUGGGCAUUGGCAGAAUUUGGAUAUUUAUAGGGAUUUCUACUUCCUUCUUUUCUUUGGGCCACUUUCUUACUACAGAAUUCCUUGUUCCUCCCAUGCUCUAAUGAAUGCAACGCUCCCAGGGUGGUGUCUGGGCAGUAGAUGUUGUGCAUGUACCUUCUAAACUGCUGGGGGCAGUGCAAGCAGGUAUAACACUGCAGUGGCCUGCAAGGCACGCUGUCAAAAAAAAAAAAAAAAAAAAAAGGGCACUUUUUUUCACCCCUCUCCAUCUAGUUUUGGGAGAUUACUUAGAUUUGUUGAUUUACUGUCUCAUUGUUAAACAUGGAUAUAUUGACAUUGCAAGCACCAUUAUGAUGUGAUUAGAGAGGGUAAAAUACUCUGAACGUUCUUCUGGUUGGAAUUGUCCUCUGGGUGUGUACAGAGCGGCAGAAGGGCAGACAGCGUGGACUGGAUCUUUCAAACAGCACAGUACUGCUUUUAUUUUGAUUCAUUCUUUGAAAGGUGAAUCAAUAAACUCUGAUUCUUACAGAAGUUUUCUUUACAAUUACCACUUUCAUCUCUUACUCUGUAGGUACUCAUGGUAGAGAAGAACAGCAGCAGUGGCAGUCACUUGACAGCUGCAUUUGCUGACCAAGCAGCCAGCUGACGAUGGGAACGCAGAGCAGCAAAUUCCCCUUUGCUUUCCCUUAGCGGACGCACUGGCUGGGUUUCGCUGUUCUACCCAGCUGCCGUUUCCCUCAAAACUUGUAGGAAUCUGGUAACUUUGAGACUCUGCCUCAUUCUGAAAAUCAGUUGAAAUCUGUCAGUAUGUCUCCAUUGGGAGCUCAGUACCAGUAAGUGUGAUUUAAACAGCUUUGUUUCUUUUGGAAGCCAGAGGAAUAAUGCGAAUAUUGUAUCUGAGCUGCUGUAAUCAAGACUUGGAAGAACUGUGUGGAAUGGAGUAGGACCCUGAAUGCACAGCUGGAGAAGGAAAACCUGCAGGGGACAUACUUUGAGCAUUUCUUAUCAGAAGGCACUAAGAGACUAGAUGAGGAGCCAUUACUUGAAAGAGUCCGUAGCAUCCUCUAUGUCUCAUUAACAGAUGGUUCUAGGAGGCAACCGUGGAAAUGCAAACCCAUGCGUGUUUGUGCUUGUUCCGCUCUGUGCCUCUCCUGGCAGCACUCGCUGGCAUAAUCUGUUGGAAAUUAACCUUUUGCUUGAGGUAUCGUUACCAAGGCCGGUGUAAUUCAUCCCAUUGCCUGUGACAAAUCUGUGUUUCCCCCUCUCCGCAGUCUUCCAACAAGAAGGAAUUCUGUCAGAAUGGUAGAGAAACACUGGGUGCAGGAUCUCGCACUUGCGACAGGCAAACUUUCUUCUCCUGCUCUAAGUUUUUCAGUGCUUUCAUUGCCAGGAUUGUCCACACAAUCCUCUACCCCAAUUACCCAUUGAUUAGGGCUCCUCUGGUAAUCUGCCAGAUGCAGGUUUGUUACCAACAGAUGGCAGAAAGCAUUUGAGGUAAUGAGAGAAAGGAUAACGAUUGCUGAUCUGCAUAAUAAUCAGCUUGUGAACAGGUUUCAUGUUUUUUUCUCUGUUUCCACUGGCUCAAAGAUUGCACUGUCGGACAACCAGGCACCUUCUCUUGACUUAGAGAAAUAAUAAUGGAGGAACUAAUUUUUUCCAGCCACUGUUAAGAUUUCUGAAGAUAGACGUACUGUCUACCACUGAUUAAGAUUUUUAUCCAGAGAGUCAGAGAUUGUUUCCAGAGUGCCAGGAAUGAACAUUCAGUCCUCUUGUGAUCAAGACCUCUAAGCAACCAGUGUGGUCAGAAAUACUUUUCCUUUCUCUCUUUUCUGACAAUUUGCCCCAGCUUUACCAUGAGGCAAGAAGAUCCCUUGGACCAGCAGCACCUUUGCACUGUCCAAUGCCUAGUCUGAAAAAAUGACUUUCCACUUCCAUGUGUUGUGGAGUUCUUCAACCCACACUUCGAGAUGGCCACACUGUUGCCACAUACAAGCCUACAUCUAAACUAUUCCAGAAUCCUUGCAGGAAGAAGUCUUCUCUGAUAUAUUCCAGAGGAGUGUUACUGGAGUUACAUACCUCAUAACUCUCUGGUUUCCUAUGCUACGCAAGACCUGUAGUAUGGACUUUUACUGUUUGAAAUCUAUAUGCGUUUAGACUGUUUCCAUUAGUAACUGUCCCUAUAUGAAACAAGCCAUGUAAUGCUAACCCAAAAAUUGUCUUGGUGCCGUUCACUGUGAAUUUUGGCAAAGGAUUUGUGUUGAAGAACUGUGUUGGGUUUGCGUGGCAGGGUUUUGGUAGUGGGGGGGCUACAGGGGUGGCUUCUGUGAGAAGCUGCUAGAAGCUCCCCCUGUGUCUGAUAGAGCCAAUGCCAGCCGGCUCCAAGACAGACCCGCCGCUGGCCAAGGCCAAGCCAAUCAGCGCCUCUGUGAUAACAUAUUUAAGAAGUAGAAAAACACUUAGAGAGGGAGAGCUUUUGCAGCCGGAGAGAGGAGUGAGAAGAUGUAAGAAACUCUGCAGACACCAAGGUCAGUGCAGAUGGAGGGGGAGGAGGAGCUCCAGGCGCCGGAGCAGAGAUCCCCCUGCAGCCUGUGGUGAAGACCAUGGUGAGGCAGGCUGUCCCCCUGCAGCCCAUGGAGGAAGGAUGAGGGGGUGUAGAGAUUCCACCUGCAGCCCAUGGAGGACCCCACGCCGGAGCAGGUGGAGGCACCUGAAGGAGGCUGUGGCCCGUGGGAAGCCCACGCUGGAGCAAGUUCCUGGCCGGACCGGUGGACCCGUGGAGAGGGGAGCCCAUGCCAGGGCAGGUUUGCUGGCAGGACUUGUGACCCCGUGGGGGACCCCACGCUGGAGCAGUUUGCUCCUGAAGGUCUGCACCCCGUGAGAGGGACUCCAUGCUGGAGCAGGGGAACGAUGAGAGGAGUCCUCCCCCUGAGGAUGAAGAAGCGGCAGAAACACCGUGAGAUGAACUGACCGUAACCCCCACUCCCCGUCCCCCUGUGCCGCUGAGGGGGGGAAGGUUGAAGCCGGGAGUGGAGUCGAGCCCGGGAAGAUGGGAGGGGUGGGGGGAGGUGUUUUAAGAGUUGAUUUCAUUUCUCAUUCCUCUACUCUGUUUUGCCUAGUAAUAAAUUAGAUGAAUUCCCUCUC